AUGAAAAAUGAAUUUGAAAGUGUCUUAUCUUAUCACGAAAAUAUUUGAUCAAAAUAAUUCUAAAUCUAUGUCUUUCAAGUGCACUAAACUUGAAAAUUAUAACUAAAUCUCAUCGAAAGUCAAUGCAUACUGAAUUCAAAUACAGCUAUGGAUGUCAAAAUCGUGCAUUUUUUGACAAUGUUAUUCAUAUUCAACCCGGUUACUUCAUCAGAUACAUCACAGAUUAAAAAUGACGAAGAAAAUUUGGAAGAAAUCCAUCCUGAAAAUGGACCUGAUGAGUACAAAAAUGCGACUAUUCUAUCACAAGUUGAUAACAUGAUAAUGAAUGGCGCGAAAAUGGACAUAGCAGAUUACAAACAUCGCUUUUCAAUGCAGCUUUACGAUAACUUGUUUGAAGUAAUUCAGCUGAGAGGAAAUACAAGCAAACAAAUUUCUAAAAUGAUAUAUGAUAUUGAAACCUUGUUUUAUUCUAUUAGAAAAUUACUAGCGAAGGAAAACAAUCCGGAAACACUAGACGAUUUAUUCCUUUCAAUGGAGAAUGAAGAGCUAAUAAAAGAACUGAAAAAAUCGCUAAAACAACUGAAAACGCUGAAAUUCAAAUUAUACGCAAUCAAUAAAGGUCACAUCAAAUCAUUGAUACAUGAUGGUGUAUCGGAAGCCAUAAAACAAUUUUCUUCCACAGAAAUGAGCUGGAAUAAAGACGUAAAUGAUGAAGAACCUUUGCUGAAAUUGGAUAUUGAUCAAGAGUGUGACGAAUUGGAGAAACUUCGCAGAUUUUCCUUAAUGGUACAAGAUGAACUGAAAGAAAUGCCAAGAUUGAAUAACAGUAUCUCAGAAGAUAACAUGCAGUCUGAAUCCAAUUCACGAAACUCAUUACCCGAAAGUGCAAUCGUACCAGUCUGGCUUCUCAAUGAAAGAGACAUCGAAGAGAUUCAACUCACGUACAUAAAGUGGACGUCGUUACUCCAGCAGACCGAUAAGGGGCCAUUGAAUAUCAUGAAAAAAGAGAUUACGAAAAGAGGAUACUCGAUAAUAUUCUUCUGCAAAAUUUUAGCAGAAUAUUUCAACUUCACCACUAAAGUACUACAGUGUACGUCGCAAGAUGAAGACUCCGAAUGCGAAAAAAUGCUAAUGGAAAUAAUGAAUCACCAACAUGGUCAAGAUGUCGUUCAAAUUUUGGCUGCAAUUGGACUAAUCGAUAAUGAACAAGCCGAUGCGUUGACGAUUCACAAAUAACACCCAAAGUUCCACUUGAGUACUUACCUCGAGAUACAGGGUUUCUAACGAUCAGAUUUCAUCCUCGCCCAACCAGUAUCUCUCUACAAAGACAAGAAGGAAGCUAGAUAUUUGAGAAUAUUUUUCAGAUUUAAUUACUCUCUACUCACAUCCAUGAGAUUAUUUCAACCACCUCCACAGUGUUGCCAUUUUAAACUUGAAAUAAACAUAGGUACCAAUUUUAUUCUACAAUAUUUCUAGAAAAAUAAUCAUUUCUCACUGAAAAUCAAUUUUUCAUUUAUCGAAAACUUGCUAACUGAACUGUAAUCAUCCAACACACUUCCUGUAAAUGCAAAAUGAAAACUGAAUUUCCAAGUAUCUUAUCUUAUCACGCAAAUAUUUGAUCAAAAUAAAUCUAAAUCGAUGUCUUUCAAAUGCACUAAACUUGAAAAAUUAUAAAUCUCAAUCGAAAUUCAAUGCUUACUGAAUUUAAAUACCUACAGCUAUGGAUGUCAAGAUCGUGCAUUUUUUGGCAGUUUCAUUCAUAUUUCACUCGGUUACUUCAUCAGAUACAUCACAG